GGAGCCUAUUUGGAAAUCAGUCGCGCAUGUGAAGUCAACUGUUGCGGUUGUUCAGGUGGUCAGAGCUCGAAAUAGUGUCCAGUUUCAGGUCAAUUCAAUUUACUCUCCUUGCCCACACACUCACAUCCAAUUAAGAUGAUGAACAGCAUUAAAAAGUUGCCCAUGCGUAUGCUGGCGAAUGCAGCACGUCAGCAAAGUGCCGCUAUGUCCUCGGCAACGGGACUGCCCCCGCCAAUAACUCACCUCACCGACGAUGAGAAAAUGAUGAAGGAGACGGUGGCUAAAUUGGCGCAGGAUCAAAUCCUGCCAUUGGUCAAGAAAAUGGACUUUGAACACAAGUUCGAUCCAUCUGUGGUGAAGGCCGUUUUCGAGAAUGGCCUGAUGGGCAUCGAAAUCGAUACGGAACUGGGCGGCAGCGGUUGCAAUUUCAUGACCAACAUCAUUGUCGUCGAGGAGCUGUCCAAGAUUGAUCCAGCGGUCGCCGCUCUUGUGGACAUCCACAACACACUGGUUAACUCGCUGAUGAUCAAGUUUGGCAACGCGGAACAAAAGGCCAAAUAUUUGCCCAAAUUGGCACAAGAAUAUGCCGGCAGUUUUGCUUUAACAGAGCCUGGCGCUGGCUCCGAUGCCUUUUCCCUAAAGACUGUGGCCAAGAAGGAUGGCUCUCACUAUGUGCUCAAUGGCACCAAGAUGUGGAUCUCCAACUCAGAUAUCGCUGGUGUUUUUCUGGUCUUUGCCAAUGCCAAGCCCGAAGAUGGUUAUCGUGGCAUAACGACCUUCAUUGUGGAUCGCGAUACUCCUGGUCUGAUUGUGAACAAGCCGGAGGAUAAGCUGGGCAUCCGUGCCUCUGGCACUUGCAUGGUGACCUUUGACAAUGUCCGUGUGCCCGAGGAAAAUAUCCUGGGCACCUUCGGGCAUGGCUACAAGUAUGCGGCUGGGUUCCUUAACGAGGGCCGCAUCGGCAUUGGUGCCCAGAUGGUGGGCCUGGCCCAGGGCACAUUUGAUGCGACAAUUCCAUAUCUGUUGGAGCGCAAGCAGUUCGGCGACGCCAUCUAUAACUUCCAGUCCAUGCAGCAUCAGAUCGCCACAAUUGCCACAGAGAUUGAGGCGGCUCGUCUGCUCACCUACAAUGCGGCUCGCCUCCAGGAGGCGGGCGUGCCCUUCCUCAAGGAGGCGGCCAUGGCUAAGUUCUAUGCCUCAGAGGUGGCUCAGCGUGCGGCGACCAAAUGCGUUGACUGGAUGGGAGGCGUUGGCUUCACGCGCGACUUCCCCCAGGAGAAAUACUAUCGUGAUGCCAAGAUCGGUGCAAUCUAUGAGGGCACUACCAACAUGCAGUUGAGCACCAUUGCCAAGUGCAUCAAAAAGGAGGUUUCCGGUUAAGCAACACACUUCUAAUCCCUAAGUCAAUCGUUUCUAUCUAUAUAUAUAUAAAGCUGAGAUAUCGUACGUCAGAUACGUCAAGUGCAUUUAACACAUCUGAUUAAACAAUCAUCAUCGAUUGUUGCCAACGCAUUUACAAUUCUUUUGUUACAUAUUGUAUCAAAUACAAUUAAAUUUUUAAACUGA